AGGAAAAGGUCGCGACGGUGCCUUGGUUGGUACAUAUAUACAACCUGUACUUAAUUCUUCCCACCCCCCAACGGGGGCAGACAGGAGAGGAAACAGAGCGCGAGACUGCCGGUCUCUGAGCUGUGGUGUCUCUUGUUCUCGUUCUCCUUCCAUGGACCACCACCGCCCAGCACCCAAUCCCAAUCCCAACUCCGCCAAGCGCCACUCCGAGGUCCUCCUCGGAAGGUACGAGCUGGGCCGCCUCCUCGGCCGCGGCACCUUCGCUAAGGUCUACCUGGCGCGCUCCCUCUCAGACGGUGGCGCCGUGGCCGUCAAGGUCCUCGACAAGCCCGAACUGGUCGACUCCGGGUUGUCCCGCAGCUUCCUCACCGAGGUUGCCGCUAUGCGCCGCCUGUCCCACCCCAACAUCCUCAAGCUCUACGAGGUCAUGGCCACCCGGUCCAAGAUCUACCUCAUCGUGGAGCACGCCCCCGGCGGUGACCUGCUCGCCCGCGUCGCCCGCCGAGGCCGCCUCCCCGAGUCCGUCGCCCGCCGCUACUUCCAGCAGCUCGUCUCCGCCCUGCACUACUGCCACGCCCGCGGCGUCGCCCACCGCGACGUCAAGCCCCAGAACCUCCUCCUCGACCGCGACGGCAACCUCAAGGUGUCCGACUUCGGCCUGGCCGCGCUGCCCGAGCAGCUCCGCGACGGUCGCCUCCACACCGCCUGUGGCACCCCGGCGUACACCGCCCCUGAGGUUAUCCGCCGGAAGGGCUACGACGGCGCCAAGGCCGACGCCUGGUCCUGCGGCGUCAUCCUCUUCGUCCUCCUCGCUGGCUCCCUGCCCUUCGACGACGCCAACCUCGUCCUCAUGUACCGGAAGAUCCACAAGCGCGAGUAUGAGCUGCCGCCGUGGGUCUCCCCGUCGGCGCGUCGGCUGCUGCUCCGGCUGCUGGACCCCAACCCCGAGACCAGGAUCACCAUCGGCGCAUUGAUGGAGCACCCGUGGCUGAAGCGGUCCUUGAGCCUGGACUCGCAGCUCAGUAGCAUGGCGCACCUUCCUCCGACCACAAGAAACGAUCUCACUCCCAUCCUGAACGCGUUCGAGCUCAUAUCCCUGUCGUCGGGUUUGAACCUCUCGGGGCUCUUCGACGACGGCGAUAAGAAGAAGAAGAAGGAGAAGAGGUUCACUUCGACGCAGUCCGUCGAGAAGAUCAUGGAGAGGAUCGACGCGACCGGAGAGAAACUGGGCUACAUGGUGGAGACAAGAAAGGGAUCAGCAGUGGCGAGGUGGGGGUCGAUCUUGUCGGUCGAGGUAUUGGAGGUGGCCUCGCCGCUUCUGCUAGUGGAGCUAAAACUCGAAGACGGCGGCGAUAGUGGCAGCAGCGAAGGUGAAGACUUUUGCUGGGAGGAGUUGAAGGCAGAGCUGGGAGACAUAGUGUUUGCAUGGUAUGACGGUGGGGGGGAUUCAUGAGCCUCCUCAGCUUGUCUGUAAUAAUAAUCUUCUUCUUCGUAAGUUCCAGGAUCCAUGGAGGAGGAGACCCUUGAAACAGUGGUCUCUGUUCUCUGUUUCCUUUCUUUA